UCCGUAUAAACCUAUUCGUAAGUCUAAAAAUGAAAGGCUUGUUUGCAUUAUUUUGUAUAUCCUUGUUUGUAUACGGUUUUAGUUGUUGUCAAAGUGGAUGGCAUUAUUACUCUGGCUCAUGUUUUAAAGUCUUUGGAGAACGAACAAAAUGGACCACUGCUAGGUCCCGUUGUCACCAUCUUGGUGCCCAAUUAGCAGAGGACCACAGUCAUGGCACUCACAGGUUUUUAGUUAGUCUCAUUAAAAGAGAUCACAGUUACGCAAGUUCAUCUCCAAUUGGGGAUCAUAAGCCAAUUUACUAUAUUGGAGCAACUGACCACAAUCUUGAUUACGACUGGGAGUGGGAGAGUACGGGUAAAGUUGUUUACCCAGAGAUGUUCGGCAAACAUCAACCUGAUCGAUAUGAUGGUCACGCCCAGGAGUGUCUAGCAAUCAAUGUGAGAGACGACUGGAGCGAAAGCAGUAAUUGGGACGAUGUGAAAUGUAACUCUCCUCUUAACAUGUAUAUCUGUGAAAUGAAAGACUCUGGACACAGUGGAUCCCAACUUAUUGGAUGAACAGAUGCAGAAAAUAGGUUGACUACGUUUAUAGACACAAAACAAUAAAAUGAAAAUCGACUUA